ACUUAGAAACUCCUCAAAGAUCAGAUUCAUGUUCUUUUCCAUGCAGCAGCAAUAAAAAACAGGCAGCACAACUAGUUUCCAAAAUGGUAUGGGUUUCUAAAUUAUUUUUACAGAUACACAAAGAUGGCUUGCUAAAGCCACACAGUCUAAGCUUGGAGCAUCCAGCUUAAACAUUCUUACUGGUGGGGUUCACAUGGUGGAAAGGCAAAAGAGAACAAUGAGUUUGGUAGCCCUUUCUCCCAAGGUUGAGGGAGUGUGACCUAGCUAAGCCUGGCAGGCCUUCAUGCAUUAAUUAGAUUUAAGUAUGUUGGUUGUAUACCCCACAAUUUAGACACCUGUCUGUCCAUAGUUGCAUGGUACUUGGCAAUUCCAGCAUAAUGUAUGGAUGCAAACAUAAGAACACUUUUUUUUUACCUCCUGCAUGCUUUGUGUGUGCUCUUCCUCACAAAGGCCCUGAGGAAAAUGUUAAUAGCUUUCAUAGUGGUUCUUUAUAAAGUCUUACUUCUCUUUUUCGAUUUUUACAGUAGUCAGUCUUAUAAAAUAUAAUUCUUAGAUUUUAACUGGAGCCUUAGUUUCAAGGAUCAGAUGAGAAAUGUUGUAAACAAUAAGUAUGCAGUAUCCAAAGAAGUUAAAGGAAAUCUGAUCCCUGAUGAAUGAACUUUAAAAGACUUUAUUAUUGUUAUUGCUACCAGUAAGCUUGGGUCAGAUUGUCAAGAUGGAUGAAAUUAUAAAGAGAUGGACUAACAAAUUGUUUAAAAGUGUUUUUCUUUUAGACUUAAAUUUUGCUGGAAGCUUUUGUUUAUGAGUGAAAAAUGGCUGUACAGUUGAUGAGGUGGAAAUGCAUAGAUUCAUAACAUUAUAAAUGUGUGCAGGUCUGCUUGUGAAGCUCCUGAACAAAUCAUGUUUCAGGUAUAUAUUUGACCUUUACCGUAUGAAUAUUUUUUCAUUCUUUAACAUGGUUAUAUUCACAUCUUUAGAGUGUGAAUGGAGAAAUUUUAGAAUGAAGUCUUCAAGAUAUGGUCUCUCUGUUUUUGUUUUUGUUUAGAUUAGUUUCUUUUAUUGUAUUAUGAAAAAGCUUUAUUCAAAUCUUAUUAAAAAUAAUAAAACACCCUAUUAAACAAUCAAAAGAUGGCAAAGUGUUUGUGAGUGUGAGGAGGGUAUACGGUAAUACUAACACAAUGUGGUAUACAAGAUAGAUAAAAUUAAGAUGAGAAGAUAAUAGUAAUAUGAAGCUAAAGCACUAAACAAGAACACAGUGCUUAACUAAAUGGGGGAUGGUUAAUUCUGUGGAGAAUUAUACAUGAUUUUGUUCAAAUCCCAAGAAAUGCCAUACUGGUUAAUGAACUCUGGAGGAUUUUAUUUGCUGAAGCAUUGCAUCAAAAUAUUUGUACCAGUCAUUAUUAACUAUGCUUGUUUUCUAUUUUUCAGCACAUAAUAAAGUUUCACAGAGCUUCUAAAGCAAACAAGAAGCCAGUUCAGUUACCUCGGGGAAUGGUGAAAUCUCUAUUAUAUCAAAUCCUAGAUGGUAUUCAUUACCUACAUGCUAACUGGGUGUUACACAGGGAUUUGAAACCUGCUAAUAUUUUAGUUAUGGGUGAAGGUCCUGAGCGAGGAAGAGUAAAAAUUGCUGACAUGGGCUUUGCCCGACUAUUUAAUUCACCUUUGAAGCCUUUAGCUGAUUUGGAUCCAGUAGUUGUAACAUUCUGGUAUCGAGCGCCAGAAUUACUGCUUGGAGCAAGGCAUUAUACCAAAGCUAUUGAUAUUUGGGCUAUAGGGUGUAUAUUUGCAGAGCUGCUAACAUCUGAGCCAAUAUUCCACUGCCGACAAGAGGACAUAAAAACUAGUAAUCCAUAUCAUCAUGACCAGCUGGACAGAAUAUUCAAUGUAAUGGGAUUUCCUGCAGAUAAAGAUUGGGAAGAUAUUAAAAAGAUGCCUGAACAUUCAACGUUAAUGAAAGAUUUUCGAAGAAACACGUAUACCAACUGCAGCCUUAUCAAAUAUAUGGAAAAACAUAAAGUUAAGCCAGAUAGCAAAGCAUUCCACUUGCUACAGAAAUUGCUUACUAUGGACCCAAUAAAGAGAAUUACCUCAGAACAGGCUAUGCAGGAUCCUUAUUUCUUAGAAGAUCCUCUUCCUACAUCUGAUGUGUUUGCAGGUUGUCAAAUCCCAUACCCAAAACGAGAAUUUCUAACUGAAGAAGAGCCUGAUGAUAAAGGAGACAAAAAGAACCAGCAGCAGGGCAAUAACCACACAAAUGGAACUGGUCAUCCAGGGAACCAAGACAACAGUCAUACGCAAGGGCCUCCCUUGAAAAAAGUGAGAGUUGUUCCUCCUACCACUACCUCAGGUGGACUUAUCAUGACCUCAGAUUAUCAGCGUUCCAAUCCCCAUGCUGCCUAUCCAAACCCUGGACCAAGCACAUCACAGCCACAGAGCAGCAUGGGAUAUUCAACUACCUCCCAGCAGCCUCCACAGUACUCUCACCAGACGCACCGGUACUGAGCUGCACCUAAAUAAAGUCAAUGCACUGUUGCUAAGGCUGCAGGACUGGCCGUGCUGCUGCCUGCCUGGAACCUGGUGUUGGGCUGCAAGAAUGUACUGUAAACUAUCACAUUUUCAAAAUGUCUGAUAGCCAAGUUCCACUACUUUUCACAGGCUGGGAGUAGUGGCUCCCUCAGAUUGUACCCAUUAUGGAAUUAGACUUGAAAAGAAAGUACUAGCACAGUUUGUGUUGUGGAUAUGCUACUUCCAUAGUUUACUUGACAUGGUUCAGACUGACCAAUGCAUUGUUUUCAGUGACAGUCUGUAGCAGUUGAAGCUGUGAAAUGUGCUAGGGGCAAGCAUUUUUGUUGUUGUGAAUUCUAUUGAUGUUAACAACGUUAUCUGACCAAUAGUACGCAAAAUCUCUUAACUGGUAUUUGAAGCAUACAGUAUGUGUUAAUGAGAUGAACGCAAACUAACCGUGGCUCCAAUUGAGAAUUUUUUUUAUAUACAUUGACUUUUAGUGACUUUUUUGUGGGUUGAUUCAUUUUCCACAUUGAUCAAUGUUUUAUGACCAACAAAUUUGCUAGAGAUUUUUUUAAGGACACAAAAAAUGAGAGCAUUUUUCCAGCAGAUUUACAAGCCUCCCAAAGAUUAAUUUUCAGCAUAUGUUUAUUUUGUUCUCAAAUCUAUGACUUGACUGGUAUUAAAGCUGCUAUUUGAUCGUAAAUGAGUGUGUUACUGAGAUAAACCUGUUUGGUUCAGCAACCAACUAAAAUGAUUGUCAUAGACAGUGUUUUAUUUUUCCUGUUGGUGUUAACUGAUUUGUGAGCAUGCUUGGAAUUUAAAAAAGAGCAUGAGUGACGUUCCCUGCAAACAAACAAGCAGUGCAGCAUUCAUUCAGAUACUUUUGUCAUGAUUUUUUGAGAGCUGGCUUGAUGUAGUGGAUUUUAAAUUUUAAUUAUUUUUAAAUAUGUUCGCACGUUGUUUUAGGGUCUCCCUUAUUAAAGCAAAGGAUUAAGGUGUUAGGAGAACCUUAGAAUUUGAGGAAAAACUAUACCAUACAAUGUACUGUAUCAAACUAUUUUACAUGAAUGACGCAGGUAUUCUGAAUUUUAAAAGAAAUCAACAUUGUUAAAAACAAGGUGUUACAUAAUAAAAUUAUUUUUCAUAAAUCUGCAUAUGAUUUUGCUUGUGCUUUUG